UUUUCUCUUGUCGUGUAUCAUUUAUCACUUGACAUGGUUUAUAUAAAACGAAAACCAUGGAAAGUCAAUUUAUUAUUUUAUAUCACACCAAUUAUUCUUACCUUCUCGACUCUAAUAUUGGCUCAAGAAGAAUCACAAACUCAUGUUUUACAAAAUGAAUAUCAACACCAGACCACAGAAGAUACUGCAUUCUCUAAUCAAGGUCAACUAUUAUAUGAACAAGCUUUACAGCAACUAGAAACCUUAACAAAAAUACAGUCUUCUUCUACCUCCACCAAGCACAAGCCAUUGCCACUCAAAGGGAGACAAACAGGAGUCGUGGGACUAUAUCAUAUUGCCACUGACUCUAUAUGGAAAUGGAUAGACUCUUAUCUUACCGAUAGCACCGCUAAAACUACUACGUCCUCUACUGAGAAUAAAGAAGACAUUCAAACUUCGUCAUCAUCCUCCACCACACAAGGCAUCAACCAACAGGACGAACGUUUACAGGAAGCAACACGAUUAUUAGAAGAAGCUGGAAAAACAUAUGGAAAUAAGGACGCGUUAUUUUUAUUAGCAGAAAUGUACUUUUAUGAAAAAUAUUCUCAACCCCGUGAUUACAAAUUAGCAUUUGAUUACUAUCAGAAAUUAGCGAAUACUGGAAAUGCAACAGCUCAACAAAUGAUUGGAUUUAUGUAUGCCACUGGUGUUGGAAAUGUUAUUCAACGUGAUCAAGCUCAAGCCUUUUUACAUCAUACUUUUGCUGCUUUAGGUGGUGACACGGCAGCCGAAAUGACUCUGGGUUAUCGUUAUCUACUAGGCAUUGGUACAGAUCAAAGUUGUACUGACGCGGUAUAUUAUUACAGGAUAGUCGCCGAGAAAGCCAUUAAUCAUUACCUUUCUGGUCCUCCUGGUGGUCUAGCUCUUCCUUUACCCAAAAUACGACUAGCUGAUGAUGAUGGUGGAGUAUAUGGAUAUGGUGCAAGUGUGAUGACAGACAAAAUGCAUCGUAGCAAUUCGGAUAAAUCCGUUAGCAUCGAAGAAGUAUUACAAUAUCUUAGAUACUUGGCUCUCCAAAAAGGCGAUAUUGAAGCCCAGCUACGACUUGGCGAAAUAUACUACCAUGGAUCAAGAAAUGUUCCUCGUGAUUUUGGAGAAGCCCUCUACUUUUUCAAAGCUGUGGUUCGUAGAUUACCUUCUGGAAAACUUCCAGAUUCAAUGGUGAAAAGUGAAAUUGGAAAAGCCAUUGGACAAGCAGCGGGUUAUCUUGGAAAGAUGUUUAUGCGUGGUGAAGGUGUUUCCGAAAAUAUAGAGAUGGCUUAUAAAUGGUUUAUGGUUGGUACAGAAUUACAAGAUUCUGCUUCUAUGAAUGGAUUAGGUCUGAUUCAAAUGAAGGGUGAAAAGAAGGACUAUGAACAAGCUAUCAUGCUUUUUAAACAAGCUGCCAAUCUGAAAAAUGCUGAUGCUCGUGUCAAUCUUGCAAAGGAAUACAUGAAUCAUCCAUCUACUGUGACGGAAAGUAUCAAGCUUUUUGAACUUGCAGCAGAAACAUCUAAACAUUUGCUUGCCUAUUGGUAUCUCGGUCAACUUUAUGAAAAGGGAAUUGGAAUGGAUAGACCAUCGUGUAAACAUGCUGUCUCGUACUACAAAGCGAUUGCUGAACGUGGCGACUGGUUAUAUCCAACUAUGGACACUGCUUAUGAUGCCUAUAUGCGUGGUGAUUUGGACAAUGCCUUACUAUCUUAUAUGCUCGCUGCUGAACGUGGUUACGAAAUUGCUCAAUCCAACGCUGCUUAUUUAUUAGAUACAGAUAAAGUGGCACUCAAUAUUCCGGAGCAAAUCGGUUUAGAGGAAAGACCAGCAAGAGACAAUUAUUUGGAAGAACUUGCAUUGAUCUAUUGGUCCAGAUCUGCCAAUCAAAACAAUGUGGAUUCAAGAGUCAAGAUGGGUGAUUACUACUACCGUGGGAUUGGGACUGAAGUGGAUUAUGAUAAGGCGGCAUCAUGUUAUCGAAUAGCUGCUGAAUUGGAAAUGUCACCUAUGGCUAUGUGGAACCUUGGUUGGAUGUAUGAAAAUGGAAUUGGAGUUGCUAAAGAUUUCCAUCUUGCGAAACGUGCUUACGAUACUGCAUUGACUACAAGUGGGAACGCCUAUCUUCCUGUCAAGUUAUCACUGAUCAAACUCUACGCUAAAUAUUAUUGGGAAUGGCUUAUUGGUGGUGAAGUCGGCAAUGAAUUGUUUUUCUCUCAAGAUCCAAAAUAUCGACAGCAACGUCAAAAUCACCAACAGCAACAACAGGAUGGAUGGGAUGAAUUACAAGAUCAACAUACACCAUCAGAGGAAGCGAUGGCAAUCCAACAAGCUCGUCAACGUCAACAGAUUGAAGGGCAUGAUGAUCAUAAUGGGCAAUGGAAUGAACGUGGAGCUGAAGAUGAACUUCGUCGACAAUACAACAGACACAAGGAAUUGGAAGAACAGGAGGAUGAUAUGCAUGAACUUACAGGUAGUAAUGAACGACAUCGCCGACGAGCUGAUGGCACAGCACAAGAAGAUGACGACUCCUCCGAAGAGGAUGAAUUGAUUGAAAGCUUGAUUAUUCUCGGCAUUUGUCUUUUGGUUGGAUGGUUAGUCUAUGUACGUCAAUUCCGAUUUGGUAACAACAAUAACAAUAACAAUCAACCUGCUGGUCCACAGCAACACGAUCCUCUGUUUCAAUUCUGAUGUUUUUUUUUUUUCAUCUCCUUAUAUGUACACCUUUCUUUUCUUUUUUCUCUUUUUAUUUAUUUAUUAACUUAUUAGUUACAUCCUCUUUCGCUCAUUCUUCAUGUUUAUACCAUUGCCUUUUUUUUAAUAUCAAUAAAUGCUCUGAUGAUGCUGUACUGGGCUUUAUCAAUGAUUUAUAUGUAUCGUUUACUUUAUUUGUUUGUUGUGGAGGAAUGGUUUUGUGUCGGAUGUUACUUCCAUCACAGUAAAAAAA